CACGUGAUCAAGACAGCGGCAAGAUGGCGGCGCUUGAGGAAACAAAUACGGAAGUCCUUUAAAUCGUGCGACUUUUUCCCCUCAAAACAAAUUACAUUCCGGCAAUUAUGAUUGAAGUAUUUAUUAGACAGCAUUUGCCGUUGCUGGCAUGCCUCGUGGCACUUGUAUUGGGUGGGAAGAUGAAAAUUGUAGAGGAGCCGAAUACAUUCGGGUUGAAUAAUCACCUGCUCUCACCGGGCAGCCAGCUGCAGGCCAGAGUCACUCCGUCUCCGGUCUCUGGUCCUCCUCAUCUCUACCGACUGGCAGGAAAAUGCUUCAGCUACACAGAGUCCAUGUACAAGUAUGACUUCUGUCCGUUUCAUAACGUGACACAGCACGAGCAGAGCUUCAGGUGGAACGCCUACAGUGGGAUACUCGGGGUCUGGCAGGAGUGGGAGAUUGAGAAUAACACCUUCACGGCGAUGUGGAUGAGAGAAGGAGACGCCUGUGGGAGCAAGAACAGACAGACCAAGGUCUUUUUCACGUGUGGGAACAGCAGUAAGCUAGCCCGAGUGUCUGAGCCACAAACGUGUGUGUACUUUCUGACAUUCGAGACGCCCCUCGUCUGUCACGCACACUCCCUCCUGGUGUACCCAGUGCUGAGUGAGAAACUGCAGAAAGAAUGGGAUGAGAUUGAACAGGCUCGAUAUGAAGAUCUCCUCACUGAACAGGGAUACAAGAAGAUGCUGAGGGAUGUGUUUGAAGAGGCCGGGUUUCUGAAACGAGCCAAUCAGGCGCUUAAACAGGAACAAGACACGGCGAGUCUUAAACAUCACAAUCUGGAACAGUGCACACAGGAGUUCGAGAAGCAGCGCGCUGAAAUCGAGCGGCUGCGUUCUCUCCUCCGCCAACACAACGUCUCGUACGAAACGGACACUGGAAGACCAACUAUCCCAUUGACCACGCUGCAGAACCAGCGUCUCAGGGGUGAUACAGGGAUCCUGGAGAAUCUUUAGUACCUCCAUAUUGCAAUAUUUUAAUUGAAUGACAUGUUUACCCUAAAAAAAAAACAAGUGAUCGUGAUGGCCUUUUAAUCAAAGAACAAUGCAGGCAUUUGAAACGUCAGUUGAAAUAACUUGUAUGUACAAAACUAUUUAAAAUAAAACCGAGCCCCUUGCCCC